AUGCAUCUCGCUCUUUCUCUUCUCGCCCUCUCGGCAACUUCAACACUGGCUGCGCCGGUGAAUACCCUUCCUCAAAAUCAGGAUUCUAACGCCCCGACCCGUACCGCCAGACUCCUGACUCCCAUCUCUCACCCUUCCAAGGAGGAUUCUCACUUGAAGGCCCGUACCUUCGGCCUUCUGUCUGGUCUGCUCUCCCAUGGUUUUGGCGGAUCCGGAUCCGCUGAAUGUGAAGCCUGCGAGGGUGAAGCCGGUGGCUCCGCUGGUGGCAGCGGUGGAUGGGGUGGCCUUGGAUUUGGUGGUCAUCUCGGUGGUGGCCUCGGCGGCCAUCUUGGUGGCGGUCUCGGCGGUGGCCUGGGCCUCGGCGGCAGUGCUGGCUCCGGCGAAGACUGUGACGAAAAUGGUGAAGGAGGAGUGAGUGCUGGUGGUUCUGCAGGCGGCUCGGCCGGAGGAUCCGCCGGUGG